GGCAGGGCGUGAGAGGGAGACCACGUCUGGCCAGAAGGCCGACGGGCUGUGAGGAGCAGUCACUUUCCACACCCGCACUGCCCAGGCUGCACUUGAGCGCCGCCCGCCCACGCACCUCGGGGACGUUGUCAGGGCUGUGCGGGUCGACGGCUGGGGGCAGCUGAGCGAGGACGGCUACUGGAUUUAGGAUUCUGUGUCCAGAGAGAACCCCCAAGGGAACAUGACUCAGAUGGAUCUCCUAGUCACUAAUGUGGCUGGACUUCUGGCCACUGCUGUGCACGAAGUCCUGCGGGUGAUGGGGCAGGCAGUGUCCGAGUACCGGGAAGAGUCGGCAAGAAUACAUCAGGAGAACCGAAAACUGCAGCGUAAACUGGAAGAACUCCAAAAACGGAUUGAUGCAUCAGAUGCAGUCCAGCAAGUGUCCUCCUCCAUAGCGGUAGAGGAGCCAUCAUUUGAGUCUCACCCUGUACAAGUAUUGGGCUCCAGCCCAGAACACGAGCCAUUAGUGACACAGGAAAACGAGGACCCAGAAACCCAGAGCCUGUCAUUCAAGGAGGAGAAACCCAGUGAACUACAUCUGGAACUGGAAGCACAGCACAUAAGCAAUCAGUGUCAUUCUGGAACCAAGUCGCCAACAUGCGACACUGGGAAGAGUAGGCUGUUCUCAAAGCUGAGGAGCACCUCCCCCACGGCCUCCAAGCCUGCUUCCCCAGAUGUCGCUGGAACACCAGACAACAGCCACUUUGAAACUGCACUGGGCGUCGUUUCAAACAAGAUUAAAGCGGAAUCAGAACCAGAGCUUCCGGAAUGUUCUGCGGCAGGGCAGCCUGAGAGUAUGAUCUCACAGGAUGCAGGUUUUGGCACCCUGGACAACACGCCUCUGAGAGACAGACAGUCGUACAGUCCGGUCCACAGUGAGACCACCUUCGUCUUUCAGGACCAGUCUAUUCCCCCAUACGCACACAUCCUCAAUUCAGGGACUGAGAACAUCAUCGACCUGCCUAACGGCUCCGGCUUAAUGGCGAGGAAGGACAGCCCACACACCUGCCACGUGUGCGGGAAAACCUUCGCGACAUCCUCCAGCUUGGGCGCACACUUCGUGUGCCACUCCAACCUGAGACCCUUCGCAUGCAAGUGCUGCCAGUUCCGGUUCAGCCGGCUGGCCGACCUCAAGAAGCACGAGCGCAUUCACACGGGGGAGAGACCCUACAACUGCAGCCUCUGCGGUCGCAGGUUCAACCGCACCGAGAACCUUCGGCGACACCUGAGGAAGGUCCACCAUGGAGCACUGCUGUAGGGUGGCCUGGGGACCCAUGCAAAACUACCAUCAGAACUUGCCAAAA